AUGCAUCAAGCGCAGAAUGCGCAGCAUUUGUUACCUACGAAUUUGCAGUACAAUGGUACCAGCCAGUCGGAGGUAUUGCUUUUUCAGCUGAUCGGCCCCGUAUCAAUAUUGCUACGGAAUAUCGCUGUACCAUGGAUUUUUGUGGGCUUUCGAUUUGCUGUUACCAAUGGAUUCUGGCUCAAAUUUUCACUCGAUUUCAUGUUCAUUGUACUACCAAUCAUUUUGUCACUGACAUUAUUCUCCGAUCAUAUCGCUGUGAUACUUCUCCUCCAAUCAGUUGCAUUAAUUUCGCUUAUCAUUUUUUCCCUCUGUGAAUACUGUUUUAUUGCCCGUGAAAAGCCAACACUGCGUCAGAUAUUCUAUCAGGUUGUUGAUGAUCAACAUUCACCAACCAAAUUCAUCACUUAUUUGAGGUCUGUAGCUCUUGUUGCAACAGCAAUCGCAAUCCUCGGUGUUGAUUUCGAUGUCUUCCCACGUCGUUUCGCCAAAACCUACACAUACGGCCGCAGUGUCAUGGAUCUUGGCACAGCUACAUUCGUCUUUUGUUUUGCUGUUGUCGAUGUUUUUCGAGAUUUCCCGGGCAGAGCCAGAAUUCCGCAACCACCAACACAAACAAGGUUUUUUCUUCAGAAGCAUUCGAGCAGUACAAUACUUUUGUGCCUGGGAGUCGGGCGAGCACUGCUUUUAUAUCUGUUUGAUUAUCCGCAGCAAGUUGUCGAGUAUGGCGUGCAUUGGAAUUUCUUCAUUACGCUCGCUUUUUUGAGGGCUAUUGUAAAAUUGUUGGGUCGUCGUUUCCAUGUUUUCUAUGGGAUUAUCAUCAUAUCUGUAUAUCAGUACUUAUUGGUUGAGAAAAAUUUACAGAACUGGUUGCUCUCGGAAACAGUAAAGAGGGACAGUUUUGUAUCGAUGAAUCGUGAAGGCAUUUUCUCCAUGUUUGGAUAUUUAUCGAUAUAUUAUUCUGCAUCGGCUGUUGCCAGCUUCUUGUAUUCCACAGGGAUAAGGCUGAAAUCAUGGUUCUACCGAUGUUUCCAACUGCUAAUGAUCGCAGCGAUGCUUUUUGUUGCUCAGAAAACAGCGGAAAUAUAUGUUGGCCCACCGUCACGACGAAUUGCAAAUCUUCCAUAUGUUCUUGAAAUGCUGGUUUUUCACACCAUUUUAAUGGCUGGAGUUUUGUUCGUUCAGUUAGUUUCAGUUUUUGGAUGGGCAGCACAUAUGCCACAAUUCUCUGUGGGUUAG